AUGACAGCCCUCAGGAAGAAGCUGGUUAUUGUGGGUGAUGGUGCUUGUGGAAAAACUUGCCUCCUCAUUGUAUUUUCCAAAGAUCAGUUCCCAGAAGUGUAUGUGCCAACAGUUUUUGAAAAUUAUGUGGCUGACAUUGAAGUUGACGGCAAGACAGUAGAGUUAGCAUUAUGGGAUACAGCAGGACAAGAAGACUACGAUAGGCUACGACCUCUGUCUUAUCCCGACACUGAUGUUAUCCUGAUGUGCUUCUCCAUUGAUAGUCCUGACAGUUUAGAGAAUAUCCCUGAAAAAUGGACUCCUGAAGUAAGGCACUUCUGCCCUAAUGUACCAAUCGUUUUGGUUGGUAACAAGAAAGAUCUGAGAAAUGAUGAUACUACAAAGAGAGAAUUAAACAAGAUGAAACAAGAGCCGGUAAAAACUGAAGAAGGAGAGUCAGUUUGUGUCAAAAUAGGUGGCUAUGCAUACCUAGAGUGCUCUGCUAAAACAAAAGAGGGCGUUCGAGAUGUGUUCAAAACAGCCACCCACGCUGCAUUGGAGAAAAAGGGAGGCAAGAAAAAGGGGAAAUGCAGUAUAUUAUAAAGUUUGGAUCAUGUUAUUCAGAGCUUUGCUGUUUUUUUUUACCAUCCUUUUGUUGAUCAAGACAAAAAUCAGAAUGAUAAAGAACUUUCUUCAUCUGCCUCAAUUUUUUGUUUAGUUGAACCGUAAUGUUAGAUUAGUUUUUUUAUCAAGUGCAUAAUUUGGUUUUGCCUUUCUGCACACAUAUUCAAAAGAUUGACAAAGGGAGCUUGUGCUAGCUAACCAACCUAUCAAAUGCAGUACUGAAAUCUGUCACAGCUUCUUCCAAACUUUACCUCACACUUCCAGCUCCCAUCAAGUUCUCAUGAGACAUGCUUUCAUUUUUAUUGUAUUAAAAAAGUUUCUUUGUCGUGUGUGAACUCUGAACCCUUCGGCUCCUAGUGUGACUCGCAUGAAACUUUUCCUUGUAAUUCCGAUAUAUUAUCUUCUUAACAAGUUACAAGAAUGCAUAAGCUUAUCAGCUAUAGGGUGUUAUCUUGAUGAAACACAAGUCUCUCUUGUCUUAUCUACUAGGAAAUAUGUGGCUAUCAGUUGGGAGAAAGACUAGUUGGAUCUGGGAGUUAAAGGGUGUAACUAGCUGUCCUCCAUUUUCCUCUUAUUUGUUUCUACUUUAGAUUAUAGAAUAAGUGAUUAAAUGUCUUCUUUCUCAUGAGGUAAAAGUUGAUUUGUGGAGGAUAAAAUGCAAAGCCCUGGUGGUGAUGUAAAAUGUAGUUAAUUGAAAAAUGUACAAAGAACUUUUUCUUCGCUGGCUAGUUUAUUGUUUGACUUUGUGUGUGUCUUUCAGAGUACAUGUCAAGUUAGAAUUAUACAUACUUGUCACCAGUAACUUAAUACAUAUUUGUGAUUUUGUUCCUUUAGUUUGAUGUUCUAAGAUCCUUAAAAUUGUUUUGUCAUGAAUAGUGUAUCGUAAUGAGAGCCUUCGUCUGAUAAUUUCUGAUGAAGGAUGCUUUCAUUUUCAAUAAGGAAACUUUGACCCUUUAAUCCCUUAAAGUGAAAAGCAUUCAAUUUCUCCCUUCACUUUCACCCCUGAUGUAGCUUUAGGGUCAUAAGAAUAGAGGAUGUAAUCACCAACUAAAGAAGCUGAUGAUCAUUAAAUUCUCCUUGUCAACACCUUAGGAAAUGAUUGGAGAAUAGAAGGGAGAAUAUACAUACUGAUGUUAGGGUUUAAAGGGUUAAAGUGACCCAUUAAAUAAAAGUAUUUUGUGAAUUUUCAAAGCUUCUCCAAACUUGAGGCCAAAAUCAAAAGAACUUUUAAAUGAAUGGGAUGACUAAGAGAAACACUAUCUGUAAUUGAGAAGUUGAAAUAUUUGCAUUGUUGUUGAUUAAGGUUGUAAUUUAUGAAUGUAGAUGUUCUCUAAUAUUUGGCAAGUAAAAUAAAAAAAACUUAUUUUGGGACUUAAGUUGUCCUUAAAUUUUUCUAUUAAUCAGGGGAUUUGAAAUAUAAGUAAUCCAAAUCUUAUUUAACAACUUCCAGUGUCCAUCUGGCAUUUACUGUGAUGAUUUGAUUUGGCGCACAGGGUGCAUAUUUACUUAUGGUACUUCAAGGGACUGUGCUAAGUAGGGACAGGGUGUUGGUUUCUUUUAGGGGAAACAUUAGAAAGUGCAAAAUAAAACUUUGAUGAUGAUUUAGGAAGGGGUUGUAAUGAACAAGUAAUGAAAGAUAAACCAUAGUUGAUUUCAAUCUGUGUUAUCUAACAUACAUGUAGGGUUACUGUGACCCCAGCUGUGAUACAGGUGCCCAUUAGGAUAGGGGUGCAAAACGAAAAUAAAAUUGGGGGGAGUGCUUCCUCGAAAGAAGGCAUUUAAUGGAACAAGGGCCUUAAAUAAAAUCAUUGCAGUACAAUCAGCACCAUGAAUUCUACCCCACAGAAGUACUGCUGAGGUUAUUGCACAAGAAAUUAAAUGAUUUUCUGUUUACUUAGCAGUACAUUAGCAUUGAACAAAACCCGAUUGAAAUUUGCAAAAAGCAGAGAAAGAAGCAGUGGAAAUCAGAGGCUGUGACUGAUUUUAACCACUCACUAAAAUUUCUGUUUUAGUCACUUUUUGCUUGGAAAAUUAUUUGUAAUGUUGAGAAAUGAAAAUCAUAUCUUCCUUCUUUAUGAUAAGUUUUGUCAGGGGUUUAAGAAAUUCAGUUUGGAAAGCAGCAUGUAUGCUGCACUGCCCUAAAUUUAUAUGGACUAUGUGAAUCUGUAAUGUUAAGCCAAAUUCUUGACUAUGGUUGUCCUCAUUUUGGCUCUCAGUGAAGCUCGGUAAUCAGUGGUAACUUGUCACUCUUAAUUCAUUGGUCAAUGUUUCUUAGGGGUGGGAGGUAUCAAAUUUGCCAACUAGUACUUUUUUACAGAUACUGUCUAUGCCUUUCUCCAAUUUUCUCAGAUAUUUUUGUUGCAACAUUUUUUGUUAUGCAGUGUGACUCAACCCCUGAAUUUUUUUAAUUUGAAAGAGGAACAGUGAUUUACAGAAUACAACUUUUUUUCUUUACAGUUUGAGGAGUAGUCAUGACAGCCAUUAGGAAGAAGUUGGUUAUUGUGGGUGAUGGUGCUUGUGGAAAAACUUGCCUCCUCAUUGUAUUUUCCAAAGAUCAGUUCCCAGAAGUGUAUGUGCCAACAGUUUUUGAAAAUUAUGUCGCCGACAUUGAAGUUGAGGGCAAGACAGUAGAAUUAGCAUUAUGGGAUACAGCAGGACAAGAAGACUACGAUAGGCUACGACCUCUGUCUUAUCCCGACACUGAUGUUAUCCUGAUGUGCUUCUCCAUUGAUAGUCCUGACAGUUUAGAGAAUAUCCCUGAAAAAUGGACUCCUGAAGUAAGGCACUUCUGCCCAAAUGUACCAAUCAUUUUGGUUGGUAACAAGAAAGAUCUGAGAAAUGAUGAUGCUACAAAGAGAGAAUUAGACAAGAUGAAACAAGAGCCAGUCAAAAGUGAAGAGGGGGCAGCAAUUUGUGAAAAAAUCAGUGGUUUUGCCUAUUUGGAAUGCUCUGCCAAGACUAAGGAAGGUGUUAGAGAUGUGUUUAAGAUGGCUACAAAAGCUGCACUGGAGACAAAGAAAAAGAGGAGAAAGAAGGGUCCGUGCAGUAUAUUGUAAAAUGAAAUCUCCUUGCCCAAACUUUGCUUCAAUACUAACUUGUUGAAACAUUUCCCAUCCUCUUUGGAUAGACAAUCUGAUGAGAGAAAAUUUCUUUCUGGAGCAGAAAGAAUGCUUCUGUAGUUAUUGUUAUUAACUUGAAUUAUUAUUAGUAUAAAAUUUGUUAAAAACCAUGCACAGUUGCUCAACACGUGUGGCAUAUUUCCAGUGGUGAGAUUAGGCAUCCUUGUAUUCAAUCCCUGUAAGGUGGCUCUGCUGCUGUAACUAAGGAUGCAUAGCCCUGUGGUGACAUGAAAUGUUUAUUAUUUGACAAGUGUAUAAAAGAAACUUGCCACUCUAGUUGAAGUGAAUGAAUCCUAGUGGCUAAUUGUGUUUUACCACAAUUGUGGCCUUUGUGUGACAUGAUUACAAGGCACACUGCUUUACUGUUCUGGUUGUACAGUAGGAUGGCCAAAAAUUUUUAAUCAAACUGAUCUUGAUGUAAAACAGCUAAGUUUGAUUGCCAUGCAGUCAUGUUAUACCAGGGUUCUGUUGAGUUCAUCAGAUAAAGACAACAUUAAUUUUAUCAUAUGUAUUAGUGGUUUUCUCUAAAUUUGCUAACUCUUUCACCUGUAGCAGGAUAAAAACUGUUAUGAGAACGAUUAGGAUAAAUUUUGUAGAAUAAUUUUUGUAUCUGUUUGAUGUUCUUCCUUUUAGGCUUGAAAGGUUUGAAAUUGUAUCUGCAAAUAGUACCAGCUUUAUGACAGUAAUCACAUAUUUUUUACUGAUAUUUCAAACCAUUUCACUGGACAUAAAAGUCAGGUCCACAAUUCUGAUAAAUGCUGAAAGAUUCCACUCAUGGUGAAAUAAUGAGCCAUUUCCAAAUCUCUUGCAGUUCAAGCUUUGAAAUCUGUGAGAGAUCAGGAUUAUUUUAAGAGUCCAAUUUGAUUUGUGUAUGUGAUAUGCAAUGUAUUAAGAUGUUGAUUUUAAGGCUAUAAUUCAUGAAUGGUGACAAGCUUUUCAGUUUGAGCAGUAAAAAUAAUAAAACUUGUUAUUUUGAUACUGUUUCAUAACUAUUUGUUGGGUGUUUAGUGAGGUCAUAAACCCUUUAUUUCCUAAGAUCGCAUUAUCAAACUUCUCUCUCUCUCACAGAUUUUUUUUUUUUUCAUAUAUAACCCUGUAACUCCCAGAUCAAAUUUGUAAAUCUCCUUAAUGUUAACCAUCAAAUUCUUAUAAUGUUAGUUCAAAGAAUUAGGUAUUGGAUCAACUAACUAUCCCCAAAUUGAAACUUUUCUUUGUUCUCAUCAAUUAUCUGGUUGAUAUCUUAUUGAUAUUGUGAGGAUAAAUUCUGUCUUGGUCACUCAUGAGAGUUAAAGGGUUAUGAAAUUCAAUUUUCAUCUGCUGAUGAUUUGAAAUCCAAUCAAGCAUUAACCUUAAAGUGAUAGGUUUUCUCUCAAAAUCAUCCUUCAUCUGGGAAACGUACUGUUACCUUAAUCUUGUCACUCCCAAGAUCUAAUGAGUAAUUCUCUCUACUAACUGUCUUACAAUUCUUGUGAUGUUUGUGUGGGAAAUUUCAUAUUGGAUCAACUCUUAAUCCCUUAAUUGAUAAUUUUCUUUUUUCUCAUCACUCAACUGGAUGAUAUUGUAAGGAGACAUUCUGUCAUGGUAACUCAUGGGAGUUACAGGGAGAAAUCUUAACCCUUUAACUCCCAAGAUUUCAUUAGUAAUUCUCCUAACUGUCUGCCAGACAGUUCUUGUGAUGUUUGUUAGGAGAAUUUGGUAUUGGAUCACCUUAUAAUCCCCUGAUAUUUUUCUUUACUCUCAUCACUUGUGUGCUUGAUAUUGUACAAAUGUUGUAAGGAGAAAUUCUGUCUUGGUCACUCAUGGGAGUGAAACGGUUAAGAGAGUACCCUUUGAACAGAGACAGUAUAAACACAGAGGCAAGUUUCGACCGCUCAGAUGAAGCAAAUGACCAUUUUUUUCCCCUUACAAAUUCCCUGGGAAGUGGGAACAUGUUAACUGUCAGGAAAAUCGGCCAGAAUGCUGUGAGGGGGGAGGGAGGUUAAGCUGUGAUGUUCUGUCACCCCACCCAGGAGGGAUAGACAUGCUUUUUUGCUGCUAUGGAAACCUGAGAUGAGCAAAAGCGAUAACUUACAUUCCUAGACGUAACCCAGAAACAUGUGAACAAUAAUGUUCAAUGAUAGUCGACAGACUAUCCCUGCUUUACUUUUCAUUGUGUAUGAUUGCGUUCCCCUGGCUUGGACCAGACUAGGAGAAACAGCUGGCAAAGAAGUGUGAUCGUCUAUAUUAUUUUUGUCGGCAGAUACUUAGUUUCAUUCUUGUUAGCUGUUCUGUUACCCGUCAAUCGCUGCGGUUUUCACUAAGAUACCUCUCCACCUACUCCAUUUGUUUUUCUCUCAUUCUUGCCAAAUCUCUUUCUAUCACGAUACUUUUGCGCCCGUCAUCCGUCGCCCUUCUGAAAAUAACUCUCCCUCCAAAGUGUACGCUAAAAAGAUACAGAAUGUAUCUAUUAUUAAAUAUGAAAGUUUUUGAAAUAAUGAAGCCUCGCCAUGGAAAUUCACACCACCCUCGUUCUGAGGUUUUUUUUUCGAGUCCUAAUUUGCACGUGUUUCUCAUCUCAUUAACGUUUUACGGUUUCACGUGGUAUGAGCUGUUUCGCUACUUGAAGGAAUAAUUCACUCGCCAGCUUAUCGAUUUUAACGUUUAUGCCGUUGCCUGGAAUAGUCGAGAAACUGCUGGUGUUUGCAAACUUGACAUGGACCAAGCUGCAAGUUGCAGCUCGCUGCAUAGUUUUAAAGUUUUUUUCUCAACAGAGCUACAGGUAAGAGUAAGAGAAAGUUCAACUUGUAAAUAAGGUGCUGUACGCUGAGCUAUGAAUCCUGCAUUAUGGGUCAAAUGCCUUAAAAUUUUUAUUUACAAGUAGGUUAAUGCCAUACAAAUUGCCAAUGAACAGUUUCGGGAACAAAUUUAUCUAUUAAUUAUGCGAAUCUGCUAAGGGAUUCAGAGAAAUUCUUCGCCUGACGGUAAAUUCUAACCCGAAUGAGAGCUCGCUCUGAAACGAAAAUCUGAAAGCCUUCUUUCGCCGACGAAGCGUCAAAGACUUAUAAAAUAAACGUGUUAAAAGGACAGAAAAUAUAACAGAAGUGCUUUUUUGAGUGAUGUAUUGCUGAUUAAACGGCAAAUGAAAGGAAUUGCUUUGACGUUUCCCCUCUCGAGAUUUCAUUAGUAAUUCUCCUUACAGUCUGUCAUACAAUUCUCUUGGUGUUACUUUGGAGAAUUUGGUAUCGGAUCAACUAACAAUCCCUUAAUUGGUAUUUUCCUACAUUCUCAACACUUGUCUGCUUGGUAUUGUAUCGAUAUUGUAAGGAGAAAUUCUGCCUUGGUCACACAUGGGAGUCAAAGGGUUAACUAUUCUGACGCGGUCUACGUUACCACAGUCGUUAAGACCUUAAUUUUUGUUUCUUUAGUUGAACUCGGUGCUGUGUAUGAAAUAUUCAAGUAA